GGAAAAAAACACCGCGAGGAUGGAUAGCUUUAUUGACAUAUUCGUUUCCAUAGACAAAGAUGGAACUAAUGUAAUCACAUAUCCGGAACUAGAACAGUAUGUUGCGGAGAAUAAGCUGGAUCCUUCUAUGAUUGAGAAAUGGAAACAAUUGUUCGAUCCAGACAAUACCGGUUCAAUUACGAUUGAAUCUUUCUGCGACAAGUUGGGAUUGAAACCGGCAGAAAUCACUGAUUUUCGCGAACACAAAGACCUUCAUGCAGCACCUCCAAGCCUUCCUCCAGAAAUCGUUGUCAUCUCAGCUAAUAUGUCCCUGGAAGAUCAGAUCAAAAUUGCUCGUGAAACGAUACAAAUCGCACCGGGCGCUCAGACUUCGGAAGAGCUUGGACGUUUGACAGAAAACCUGAAGUCAUUUGCAGAUAAAACCUUUGGUGGUUGUUGGCAAGUAAUGGUCGUGGAUGGUUCGUACUGGAUCACGCAGACCUUUAUUCCUAAUAUGUCCUUCCAGUUCGAACUAUACAACCGAGCAUAUUUGUUCUGGCAGACCUCGGAAGAUGAAGUGGUUCUUGCACAAUAGGUGAAUUACCAUAUUUUUUGCUGAUGGUGAUUUUGCAUCCAGUAAUAACCAUUUCAACUAUCCCCUUAUUUCUAAAUGUUCCCCGUCCCACAGAAAGAAACAAACUGUUUAACUGGUCAAACACUGGUUAACUUAGCGAUAACACAUGUUGUUAUGCCUCUGUUAUAUUUAUUAUGACGGCAUAUUGUGCUGAUUGUCUUGAGAUCUAUGGCUUCAACUGAGGUAAAAUGUUUAUGGCG